UGUAUAAAUAUAGUAUCGUCUUCUAUAUUUUAACAUUCUUUAAAAUUAUGUUACCGCAUCUCAUCAUGGCUGACAAAAACCUAACAAACGAAGAAAUUACAUCAAAAACGGCUGCUGAAUGGUUACUGACAGCAGAGGAAACAGUUUCACAUUUGUACAGUUUUCGUGAUAACUAUAUAGAAUCUCAUGGUGUUGGUAAGGCAAGUGAUAAAAUAAAGGACGUCCAAUCAAAAUUGGAAGAAACAAUGAAGUAUCUUGAUGAUAUAUCAGAUAAAAUAAAGAAUAAAGCUGUGUUUUCAAUGUUAAGGGGUAAAACUUUAAAUGUAAGUGCUGAUUUUAAUCAAGAGGCUCAUGACUGUUUAUCAAAAGCUGUUAAGUUAGAUCCUAAACAAGUAGAAGGAUGGAAUCAACUUGGAGAAAGUUUCUGGAAGAAAGGUGAUAUGACUGGUGCUAAAAAUUGUUUUUCUGGUGCUUUAGAUCAUUCUAAAAAUAAAGUGUCCUUAAGAAAUUUGUCAAUGGUUAUGAGACAAAUGCCAGGUACCCAAGAAGAAAAGACCAAAUUAAUUGUAGAAAGUGUGGAAAAAGCUAAAGAAGCAGUACAGUUAGAUAUUCAAGAUGGAAUCUCAUGGAGUAUACUUGGAAAUGCCUACUUAUCCAUGUUUUUUGCUGCUGGACAAAAACCCAAAAUUCUCAAACAGUGUAUGAGUGCAUACCAACAAGCCGAAAAAGACAGUAUAGCAAAUUCAACAGCAGACCUACAUCAUAAUAGAGCAAAUGCCUAUAAAUAUCAAGAAGAUUAUCAAGCAGCUUUGGAAGGUUUAACUAAAGCAUCAUUAUUAGAUCCCAGUUGGAGUGAACCUAAAGAUAGAGAAAAACAACUUAUAGCAUAUCUAACUAAUGUUAAACAACUUAAAGAUUCCAAGGGAAAAGUAAAAGGUAAAAAGUUAGAGACUAUGAUAGGUCAAGUAAAUGAGAAAGAUUUAGGACCUUACAACGGUGGAAGUUACACAGGACCAAAAGGUGAUAAAGUCACAUUAAAACCUGUCAAAUUAAAAGAAUUAAAAUCAGAUACCAAUUUAGAAAGUGUAAUAGUUGGUAAAGUUGUUUGUUCAGUAAUGUCAGAAGAUUCUGUGCCUUUUACAUUUUGUAUGGUUGAUACUGAAGAAACUUGUUUUCCUGUGACUGUGUAUAAUAUUGCACCAGGACGUGGUAUGAAAAUAGGCGAUUCAGUGGCUAUACCAGAACCUUAUGUACAAACAGUCAAUGUCCACCAUAAAGAACUAAAUAUAGUAUAUAACAGUAUAAGGGUUGAUUCACCAGUCCUAUUAGUUGUAAAUGGCAAGAAAUUGGGUAUUGAUAAACAAGCUCCAACAGUUUUAGCUGUAGAUAAAUAUCAUGAAUAAUAUCAUUUUAUAUCUUAUAUCAUCUGUGAUAAACCAAGUAAUUUAUUAUAUUAUGUUAUGUGUUCUUCUUUACUCACUGUUUCCUUUGUCAGUGGCUUAUAUAUUUACAUAAGAAUGCCAUAAUAUUCUCUAUCAUUCUUGAAAAUACAUGGUCUUUAUUUGGAUUUUUUAAAACUUUAGUAUGAAUUUCACUUUCAAAAAGUGCCCAGCAACCUGAUUUUGAUUUUCCCAAGAAGCAUGAAUUUGAAAUGCCACCAGUGCUGUGGAAGAAUUACAGGAGCAAGUUUCCCUAAAUCCUGACACAUAUUUUGGAGUAAAAUAAAAUAAUAUUUUUUUUAG